UAAACAACGUCGUCAGUCCCUUAGACUUCACAUCUUUUAUUGACUAUUUGGUUACGUUUAGGAGUAGCGUGGGGUAUGGAAAGUGGCUAUUAAGUUAGCAGCAACCGUUAUCUUAAAAUCAAACAUCAAUUAACAUAUGUUCUUCUUAGUGUAUAAACUUUUCUGUAGUGCAUAUCAGAGUUCCCGUAGAUGAUUAAACUUAGCAUUCUCAUAAAACAACAUAACUUAUUGAUAAUCCUGGGCUCAUUAGUGAUUAGCGGAGUUUUCAAGGAGCUGUGUUCUAUGGAGCAUAACAAUUUAGAAUUUACAUACAAGUGGGAUUGAAUGAUGGUUGGGAUAUAACUCAGUUCUACUGAAAUACGAUACUUUAGGCUAUAGUACGCUAAAUGAUGGUCUUGUUCUGGAUCCUGUGUUGACAUCACAGAUGCCAGUGAUUCUGGUUCACGUUGACUUCACUUGAGAUUUAAAUUUGGUUCUCGAAAGCGGAUCAUUCAUGUAGCCAUCUUAGUCAUUUCAUCAGUUUUUUCAAUCAGUCACACCGUCAUAGAAUAAUUGUUCAAGGAUAAUAUUCUAUGGUAAGUUAAAAGGCAACGAUUUCACUGUCAUGUUGUUAAUAUUUCAAGUUGACUACUUCACUCUUUGUGUAUACUGACGUGUAGUAUUUAUCUAAUAGUGAAUCGUUACACCUGUUUGUUUUAUCUCUAAUGAUAGGUGUUCGCUGAGAAACAUUUGUGCUUUCUAGUAGGCUUUUCUUGGACAAAUUUUGGUCUUUUUUAUAUAUUACAGUGUUGCUAGUCGAACAACUAACGUUCACCCAGUGAUAUGUAGUAAUAUUUAUACGUUAUUACGGUUUAUUAUCUUGCCAAUCGACAGUAAUCAGGCAGAUGACAACGGUUCUGAUCGUUUCAGUUGUAAGCCACAUCCAGUCUAUCCUUGCAUUGCUUUCGCCUGUCCCAAUUGCCAUGUAAGCGUCAAUUUCGGUCAUCAUAAAUUUGCAUACAAUAUUGGUCAAUAUAUUGCUCGUGAACGUGCUGUAGCAAUAAGUACAGCAGUUGAUCGUAAAUGUAAUGAUCAGUUAGCUUAUGUGACAAUGAGAAAUUUAGUCGCAACCUAUCUAUUACACAACGGUUUCCUUGAGUCGGCUCAAGCUUUAGGCGAAUGGGUCACAAAGGCUUCUAUCGAUUCUUCUACUACGACCAAUGAAAACAAUGAGGUCACUGAUAAUAAUGACUAUAAUGUACAUCAUCAUGAUGACAGCAGUAGUAAUUAUGACACAAACGAUAAAUCACCUGUAAAAUCAUUUGCAUCUGAAACACCGAAUGAUAGUUGUCCAUCGUUUAUAAACAAGCAUAUGUUUCAAAUAGAUUCAAUAACAAAUUCUACAAAUGGCACUUGUCAUUUGGAUAACGACCACAAUCAUGGUAACCACAAUACUACUAACACUGGUAAUACCAGCAUUACUUUCGAUGAAUCAGGUGGUGAACAGCAAUCAAAGUUGCCAACAACAGCUCCAACCAAUCAACAUUAUCAGUCGAAAACAAAUUUAGUCAAAUCAUCAAAGGAUACAAUUCUAAAGGAUUUAUUUCGUUGGCCUGAAGCUGUAGAUAUAUUACUAAGACGAAGACAUUUAAGAGAGACUAUUCGUAACGGUGAUUAUUUAUCUGCAUUAGAUCAAUUAAAAGCUUAUUUCAAAACAUUAUGGGAAAAUGAUCCAUCUAUUACAUUUGUAUUAAAAUGUCAUCAUUUUAUAGAUUUAAUACGUCAGCAUUAUACGACCAAUUCUUCCAAAGAACCUGUAUCUUUAAACGGUUUAUCUGACAAUGAUAUUGAUAGUAAUAUUAGGAAAACAUUACAAUCUAACGGCUUAGAUACUCAUCGAAAUAGUCAAAAGAGAAUGAAGCCUUCAAGCUCUUCAGAAUCAUCACCUGAAAUAACAACACCUAAUAAACAUGAUUGUCAAUGUAAACAUUUGAUUAACUCUAAUCAUAACCAUCAUUCAAUGAAUUUAGAGCUAACAGCUCACACAACAAUUGAUGCUACUAAUAUUACAAAUAAUUCUAUCAUCAAUCGAUCGUCGUGUUUAACAUCAACUACUACUAAUUAUAAUCAUUCACAUAAUCCAUCAGAUUAUCAAUCACCUGUUAGGCUUCGUUUUAACCUACCAAGUAACGAAUGGAAUAAUAAUGGAUUAUUAUCACCAGCAAUAAGUGAUGAAUAUUGCUCUGAAAUUCUACCGUCAGUCUUUCCAAAAAAUGGUCCUUCCCUUAAUGAUAAUAGUCCUUCUGCUAAUGGUACUGGUGUUAGCCUCGACUGUAUUACUAAUGGUAAUAAUAAUGAUAAUAAUUCAUCAGAAAUCAUCUGUCCUGUUAUGUUCCCCGUCUAUGCAGAAAACAAUCAUAUUAAGACUGACAAUAGAAAAUUGAUUAGGCCAUACAAAUGGAAUCAUCACCUAUCGAAUUCUUAUAUUCGACAUAUUUCAUUAACUGGAAUGAUGUUAGAAUCACAUAUUGAAGGUUUGAAUAUGGAAUUGCGUUUAAUUGAUUCAGUCAAUGAUCUAGGUUUAGGAAUUGAGUAUAAAGGACUGAACUGUUUAACUGUAAUACGUCGUCGUCGUGGCGGUGUUGGUAAUGGUCAUUGUCGACGAAAACGAAUACAUGCUAAUAAGUUACACAGUUUUUCAUCAUCAUCAUUAUUAUCCUUAUCUUCUUAUGAUCGUUCAUAUUCAACUUCUAAUUCUGUAUCAUUUAAACCGAAAUACAAAUCAAAAUAUCAUUUUGAUUCCUAUCAUCAUGAUCAUCAUCAUCAUCAUCCUUCCAUUAAUGUUCAAAAACAGGCUAGUGAAAUUAUAACAAAUGGCAAUUCAAUGUAUUCGCCUAUUGAUGAUGACUCUACCCUAUCUUUGUCUAAAAUCGAUUCAAUUGAUCAUGAAAAUAAUCCUGUGGAAAAUAAACAAAAUGGUGAUUUAUUUCAUUCAGUCAACAGUAAUGGAUUUUAUUUUGAUGAUGCCAUUAAUUCUAAUCAUCAUCCACAUCAUCAUAAUUAUUUCGAUAAUAAUAAUAAUAAUAAUAAUAAUAAUAAUAAUAAUAAUAAUAAUAAUAAUAAUGGUGAUGUUGAAAGUGUGGAUCAGAUAUUGAAUAAUGAACUACGUGAGUUAAUUGAAUAUGGACGUAAUUUACGAUCAAGUGCACUAGAAUUGCAGCGUCAGGGAGUGAUCAGUUUGGAACAAUGGUUACUUUUAAGUGAUGCAUUCAGUUUAGUUGCAUAUCAAAAUCCAUACAAAAGUCCGCUUAGUGGUUUGUUACAUCCAAAAUAUCGAGAAUUAUUAGCUGAUGCUGUAAAUGAUGCUAUUUUGGUGCAUUUAAAACAACCUUGUCGUCCGGUUUUGGAUAUAGCGUUAACAUAUUUGGAACAUGUUUUAACCGAUGAAGGAUCAUCGUGUAGACCAACUAACAAUGGUUCCUUUGCUUUUUAUCGUUUCAAAUCUGGUCAGUCAAGUGUUAGCGGGUUGUCUGUUGAUCCUUUACAAAAUAGAAAUGCUACUACUAACAGGACUACUGCUGAUGAUAUUUGUCUUACAUCUAGAACUAAUCAUACACCAAUUCAUGAAUCUACAAUAACACCUGCUUCACGUGAUACACCAACUACACCAAAUCGUAGUAUAGCUAUUGGUAUCAUGCAUCGGGAUGAUUUUGAUGAUGAACCACGGCAUAUAACAACUGAUAUUCAAACAUAUGCUUUGAGUUUAAAUGAAUUCAAUGGUUCUACAAAUCUACUUCGUCCUGCUAGUACUUCAAUUAUAUCCAGUUCUUUAUAUGUCCCUCCAUCGGCAUUAAUUUCACUAACUGGACGAAAUAAUAAUCCAGUUACUCGAAGUUCCGAUAUACAGAGAUUAUCAUUAUCAACAUCACGCACAAGACCAACAAGUUUACAAAAUUUAAUUCAUCAACGACAUCAGUCACAAUUACUUGAUAAUCAGAGUACUACUACAAUGACUGGUACCAUUACUACUACUGCUACUACCAGUAGUAGUACUUCAUCACCUUCACAUUUCAAUCGCUUUCUAGUCACAACAGCUAGUUGGCCUGUUUCCACAUCUUUUUCCUCGUCAACAUCAAAUAACGCUACGGCUACUACUACCACUACUACUACUACACAAAAUCUUAAUCGUUUCUCACCUUCACGUAUUACCGUUACUUCUCUUACUAAUACGCAUGCACCGACUGGACCGGAAUUAGCAGGAUUUUUUCAUCCAAUUUUAUUUAUAGGAUAA